GCGCGCUCCGACACGCCACCGUACGUAGCGUGCUUCGUUAAUCGACGGAAGAUCGCGCACCGUGAUUACACGCUGAGGAAAGUUGAAACGUGCGCGAAUCCCUGAGCUCAAGUAACAGUCGAAGAUUGAACGGUGAGAGAGCUCGAGACCUAGUGAAGCUGAGCCGUGAUCCUCAUUGAGGGGAACGAAAGAGAGAAAAGUAGGAAAGAAGCUACCCGUCGCGAGGAUUCUUGUUUUCCAAGUGUCCGUCUGAUCCUGACGGAUGAGAGCCCAGUGACAGGAGACUGAGAAAGACGCGAGCAGUGAGACUGACGUGGCUGCAGCUAGUUAGGGGUAGCUAGUAUGUAACCGCGUGCACCGAGUCUGAUUCCGGUGACUAGUUCGCUGAGGACGCCGGGUGCUUAAGUGGCGAUUGCAUUGCGGUGACACGAACUGCGAUAAGCACGUCAGACCAGGCCAGUAAUAAGUGAGUUUCACUUGCAGUGAGAUGAUAGCGUCCUCAACCGCCGUCUGGUACACGAGGCCGGACGGUAACCGCGGCAGGUGUCUGACCCGGCACGAGCUCUAGGGCAACGAUACGAGUGGAUCGGCCGACACGAGGACCAGGCAGGGCAGAGUGGAGCAAACGUUGGAAUCAGUUGUUUCUUUAAACGAACAUUCGAAUCGGAGAAACGGGAUAAAUAGAAAGCAGGUGGUAGAAAGAACAGCUGAAGGGGGAUAGACAGGAAUCUCUGUCACUUGCACAGCUGAUCGCCGAUAAACAUGAGAGUGCUGAGUAACGCGACUUUGUUCCUUUAAUGCGACCAGACGAUCGAAUCAUCCUCGUGUGCUAGAGUUCUUCUCGUGGCCACGAUUCGCUGACAGCAAGACGGUUCACUGACAACAACAUGGCAUGUCCUUUCGCGCGAGGUAUCUUGAAGGCGAGCUGUGACGAGGCAGAGGACAAUGGGCGACAAAGGAUCAGCAAAUUGGGACGAGACGACGGUGGCAAGUCCAGACAGUCGUCGUUUGAGUUCACGUCGUUGCUAAUGGGAGAAGAAACCGAGGACGCAGAGGACACGCAGACCCUGAACCUCAAACACCUGACGGAAGCUGUGCUGGUGCUGACAAACCCACCGGACGAGGCGGUUGCCGAGGCACUGGAGGCCCUCUUGAUUAAAGGCCCGAAAGUAUUUUGUUUUGCUCGAUAUUUCAGUAAGGCGAUGCUGUGCAACUUCUACGAGGAAAACUGUAGCUUACUGGAGGAAAUUUACGAGACGAUAAAUCUUCACUAUGACGUAAACGCGAGCAUGUUCUACGAUGAGCUUGGCCAGGAGCUAAUUUUCACCCCUUGCGUGGGUCUGCUGGAACGAGCGUUCCGUUGCCUCGGGAACGAUCUCACGGCCUUCCUCACCACUUUGGACGGCGUGAACGACGUGGUCCAACAUCAGGCUGGGUUCGUGGGGGAAGCCGAGUUCGUCUGCAUCGCAACGCCGAAAGAGAUCGAGCUCCAUUUCACCACUGAUCGCCCGUUUGUGGCCUAUCUGAUGGUAGGCAGUCUGAAGGGCAUUGCUAGACGGUUCUACGACGACGAUGCGAACGUGUACGUUCUGCGUGAUCCCUACAACUCGAAAUUUUUUAGGUAUUACAUCACACCAAAACGCUAUAGCGAGCACUUUGUCGAUCCAGAAAUCGAUGGUAAUCUCGACACAGUCGCGUCCUUGUUCCGUCCACUGUCAACCAAGGCCACGGAUCUCAGCAUGGGGGUGGCGAGCUUCUGCAAAGCCUUCCCAUGGCACUUCGUGGUCGACCGGCAAUUAGAGCUGGUGCAGCUGGGGGUCGGAUUCAUGAGGAUUUUCGGGCAUCAUCUGAACCGAUUGGGCAGAGAAAUAUCGACGUACUUCGCAUUUACACGGCCACGCGGCGUCACUCUGACCUUUCACGAGAUACUGAAGCGCGCGAACACACCUUUUGUGCUCACCCUCCAGAGACCUCAAGGCGUCGAUAAAUAUCCCGCGGAGGGUUUAGAGAUGAAGGGUCAGAUGGUCCAUUGUCCUGAAUCGGAUUCCAUCCUAUUCGUGAGCUCACCAUUCCUGAACGGCUUGGAAGGAUUAACCGGCCGAGGACUUUUUAUUGACGCCACGAGAGACGUCAUCUUGGUGGGGGAACAGGCCAGGGCACAGGAUGGUCUGAGGAGACGGAUGGAUAAGUUGAAAAGCUCCAUAGAAAAGGCAAAUCUAGCUGUAUCUGCGGAGAGAGAAAAGAAUGUGAGCUUGCUUCAUCUUAUAUUCCCUCCAGAUAUAGCGAAACGUUUGUGGUUGGGAGAAACGAUCGAGGCAAAAACUUAUCCAGAGGUGACAAUGCUUUUCAGCGAUAUCGUGGGAUUCACGGAAAUUUGUUCCACCGCGACACCGAUGAUGGUUAUCAACAUGCUUCAAAAUCUUUAUGAACAGUUUGACUCGUUUUGUGGUCAGUUAGACGUUUACAAGGUGGAAACAAUUGGAGAUGCCUAUUGCGUUGCGUGUGGCCUCCAUCGUAACACCUUCAUACAUGCACAAAAAAUAUCCUGGAUGGCUCUAAAAAUGAUACAAGCAUGUUCGCAUCAUUUGACUCAUAAGGGUAAACCAAUAAGGAUGCGUAUUGGCAUUCACACUGGAAUGGUACUAGCAGGGGUAGUUGGCAAGAAGAUGCCAAGGUAUUGUCUCUUUGGGCACAAUGUCACCUUAGCCAAUAAAUUCGAAUCCCUGAGCGAACCACUUCGUGUACAUGUUAGUCCAACGACAUAUGUCCUAUUGAAAUAUCCCGUAUCAGGAUUUGACCUGGAACCACGGCAAAAAGAGUUCCUGCCGAAAGAGUUCCCGGGUAACAUAGAAGGGACGUCUUACUUCCUAAACGGCUACAAGCACAAGCACGUGGACCCUGCUCUCCCGUUGGAUCUGCAUAUACAGAGCGCGAUUAGGGAGCACGGGCUCGGCAGCAGAGUGUAGAUACAUACCUAAAUAAUAAAGACCAUCCCAACGAAUAUGCGUCGUUCGUGAAUGUCGCUGUACCAAUACUACUCUGUCCGUAAUAAUAACACUUUCUCGGUAAACAAUCGUUUCCAAUGAGCUCGCGAAUGCGCGGCAACGUGUAACGACGCUGAUUCUAACCAGCCUAAACGGCCGA